AUGGACGAAAACGAAUUCAACCGCUUUUGGCGGGACAGUUAUCAAAAUGGUGCCAAUCUGAACCAACUGGGUCAAUCAGAUGAGGCAAACAAUGAAGGGUGGCAAGCCUACACUUUCGACUCACCGGCAAUUCAUCCCAAGGGGUUGGGAACAAUUUACCACAAAUCCAGAUCGACCCUGGAAAUACCAACGACUCGUCAGAUGAACGAUUCUGGCAGCGGGUCAUGUAUCGGUACGAUCAAGGAUUACCCUACGGGUCGAUGUUCAAGCAAUCACCUGGGAGCCGCAACAAAUAGUCAGCUUUCCGAUGUCGGCACAAUGUCAGCUUUUGAUUCACCCGGCCAUAAUCAAGCGGAAUGGGAUACACUGGGAUCCAGUCAAGGCGAAGUGGCGAGUAAAGACGAAAAUGAUCCGAACCCGAAAAAUCGGAAAGAUAUAACACGUUAUAUCAGUUCCGCCAUCAAUCAGACCAAGCGUCUGCGGGCACAGAUUGCUCGACGAACCGGGGAAACUCCGAGCUCGAAUGUAGGUGUAGGGGAUUAUGCUGGCAGAGUUCACACAGAGUAUUCUACUAUGUUACGAGACACGAAACGGAAAACGGCGUAUCUCGAAGAACUAAUGAAACAAAGUGGUCAUGAUGAUCCCUUUGUUUCUUUCGCGCGCACAGGAUACAAACCGUAUGAUUGGAAAGCUGAUAGCGUGGCUUUGUCAACCAUGAGAGAUCGUAUUGGGAAGAUGAAAACGAUAAAUUCAUCCUUAGACAAGGACAUCGAGCUACAGGAAACGCGUCGGAGAACUCAAAACACUUCUGACAGGAGUUCACAAUAUCAAGGUGAUUCAGCUCGAGAUCGACUUCAAAGUCACCACGAUAACCUAUUGGCUCACCUCGCUGAUAGAGAAACAAGCUUGAGAACUCUGCGUUCGGCAGAUUGA